UCCGAGUAUUUUUGAAAGCAUCUUUUCCACACGCAGGUUCCACCGGAAGUUUUACCGGAACUUGUUGUAUCGGGUCUUCUUUUUAUUCGUGUGGUAGCAGCUAAGAGACCCAUCAAAGAUGACUACAGCUGCAAGACCGACAUUUGAGCCGGCGAGAGGAGGGAGGGGUAAAGGAGAAGGUGGAGGUGACUUGAGUGCCCUGUCCAAGCAGUAUUCCAGUCGAGAUCUUCCGGGUCACACCAAGAUCAAGUACAGGCAGCCUACCCAGGAUGCCCCAGAGGAGGUGCGUGCCCGUGACUUCCGCAGGGAGCUGGAAGAGAGGGAGCGUGUAGCUGCUCGUGACAAGACAAGAGAAAGGGGACCAAGAGAGCAUACCACAUCGUCAUCAUCAUCAUCUUCAAAGAGGCCUAGACUGGAUCAGAUCCCAGCGGCCAACCUUGAUGCUGACGACCCUCUCACUGAUGAUGAUGAGGACGAGGACUCUGAGGAGGACAGUGAUGACGACGACACUGCAGCUCUUCUGGCAGAACUGGAGAAGAUCAAGAAGGAGAGGGCUGAAGAGCAAGAACGCAAAGAGCGGGAGCAGAAGGCAGAGGAGGAGAGGAUUCGCAUGGAAAAUAUCUUGAGUGGCAAUCCAUUGAUCAAUUUGGCAGGGCAGCAGCAACAGCAACAACAGCAGCAGCUGAUCACCCAGAGUCAGAGUACCUUCAGAGUCAAGAGAAGGUGGGAUGAUGAUGUUGUGUUCAAGAACUGCGCCAAAGGAGUGGACGAAGCACGGAAGGAGAAACGCUUUAUCAAUGACACACUGCGCUCUGAGUUUCAUAAGAAGUUUAUGGAGAAAUAUGUAAAGUAGAGGAGUUUGUGUUAGUUCAUUUUUAUGUUUUUCGUUUUUUAAUUUCAUUUCUUUGGUCCUUGCCCUCCAGUUCUCCCUCUGCCCCAAGAAUGAUAGAUGGCAUUCAAAUAGAUCCUGUAUACAAAUGCAUUAGUAUUUGUACAUUCAACACAUAACAUGUUGUAUAUAAAUGAUUUGGUGAGUUACAGAUGUUAAAUGUGAUUCAACAUCUAAGUCCCUCUGUAGUAUUAUUUUUUUUUUUUCAAUAUUCAUUUCAAUAAACAAAGACUUA